AUGGCGCAGAGUGCUGAGGAGGUCAGGGAGCUGAUACGCGUGGUGAAGCCCACAUCAGUCAUGGUGGAGCUCUGUGAGGCCCGUGCACGGAGAAUACGCGGUUCUGCACAGUUGCAGGAGGGAGGCUUUGCGAAAGAUCUGGUGCAGGAGUUGCUCCGGCAGCUGGGCGCAGGCGGGCGCGACCUGCCGCAGCAGUUCGUAAAGAUGGGCAUGCAAGGAUUCUACCGGCUGCUGAAGAGCUUGGGGAUGGAUCCGGGGCUGGAGUUCAAGGUGGCCAUGGAGGAGGCAGAGCUGCUGCGAGCGCGCAUUGUCUUCGGUGAUGCUGACCAAGACCGGACUAUGCGCCGCAUCUCAGAAAGCCUCACCGUGCAGGCAGGCCCAUCCACCUGCAAUUCCCUCACCACUGUGUUCAUGCAACAGGGGUUGCUGAGCAUGGUGAUGGGCGGAGGCCUGCCACCAGCAGAGGUUGUGGAUUUCUUGCGGAGCAAUGGCAGCGGCAAGCUCACAGACCAGGCAAGUUUCCUCACUCUCUGCGCAUCAAAAUGCUGUGAUGCUGUUGAGGCCAUGAAGAACAGGAAGAUGGCUCGGGCCAUGACUGAGUACAUGCGCAAGGUGAACCCAGAGCUUGCCAGCGCCCUCACAGAUGAGAGGGAUGAGUACAUGGUCAAUUGCCUGCAGCAGCUGGAGGGCCGCAUUGUGGGAGUGGUGGGGCUCGCCCACUUGGAUGGCAUAGAGCGGAGAUGGGACGCAUUGCAGAACAACGACAGACAGAGAUUAUAG